AUGGGACGAAUGCCUCGACCUAGUUGGUUGCGAGAGCAUCAUUUUUGCCUCGUUCUGGAGGUUGUGACGUGGACAGACGUUCAAGGGAAUGGUAAUUGUGGUUAUCGGAGCGUGGCGUAUGCAGUCAAGAACAAUGAGGAUGAUUGGAUGGAGGUUAGAUUGGAUGUGUAUAACUGUAUUAGAAGACACGAGCUGUUCUUCAAUAAUUAUUUCGGUGGUGGUAAUUCAGUGUAUCGGGUAUUGGCGAGUGUCGCCUAUUGGGAUAACGCACCAGCACCUUUGCAAAAGUGGAUGACGAUCACGGACGUGGACGUAGUUGUAGCAACAUAUUACAACGCGUUGGUCUUGUCGGCUAGCAGUUCAGGAAAUCAGACUUCUUUGCCACUUUGGGCUCCCGAAGGAAGCCACUUUGUGUAUCUGAAGCUGAAUGACAAUUGUCCGCUUCCUCCGUUUAACCUGCAGUGGGCGAGAUACAACAAUAAUACUGUUGCAUAUUUGCCAGAGGCGUUGCGGGAUUGA